UCAUUCCAACCACUAUUGGGAUAAAAGGAUAGAACUUUUAACGUUUAUACGUUUAUUGGGUUCUUUUUUGUACGAGACUCGAAGGUCCAAGUCCAACUAAACGUCGUUUUUUGUUUUGGCUACACGACUAACGACAUGUCGUUUUGAGGAGCAUAAAAUCAAAUUGAGGGUGCAGCUCAACAAUCCAUGGCUUCUAUUGUUGGCUCUUUCAGAUGCCACUUUUCAACUGUUAAAGCUUCCAAUACUAGUACUACUCCACCACUUUUACCUUUGAGACUACGCCUUCAAAACCCAAAUAAAGACUGUUCUUUUGCUGCUUCUUCUUCUUCUUAUGGCCGUGGUGGUGUUGGUGUUGGUGUUGGUGUCCCAAUUCAAGUGGUCAAAAGAUUAAGGCUUCAACCCAAACCUGAGUUGGGUCUUUUAUCUAUUUUCUUUGUCCUCUCAAUGGCUUUUGGGGCCCUUAUAUCACUUUCUGUAGUUUUCAUUCCAACCAUGAAAGCAUUUAGAAGAUUGGCAGCUUCAAUGGACCAACUUUCUAAUGUAGUAUCCGAGGAGGUACCAGGAACCUUAAUUUCUUUUAAGCUUUCUGGUCUGCAGAUCCAUCAACUGACCCAACAGCUUAGAAAUCUCAGGCAAAAGAUUUCUCCUUCUGAGAAAAAAAGCAGCAACAGCAGCAGCAGUCCCACUUUUGGAAAGAAACAGUAAACAUAAAAAAUAAUCAUUACAAGUUUUAUUACUCACUCAAUGCAUAUGACUGAGUGUAUCUCAAUGAGUACUUACAGAAAUGUGAUCUGUAUGUCUUAAGAAUGAAAUUUGCUCCUUCAUUUAUUUGAAUUACACAGCUCAAAGUUCUGAUUAAAUGUAUUAUUAAUGAUCAGGGUGCUGAAGAAAUAGCAACAAAAAAAAAAUGUCCGACUCAAAGCCGGAUUUACUAUGAAAUUUUGUUUGUUUAAAUCAGUAUGAUUCUUUGAA